GCAAGGGUUCCCACUGCGACAGUGCGAUAGUGCUUCUGCAGUUUGGCAUCUCUGCCAAAGUCUGCCACUGCUGGGCUUUCAUUUUCUUUCCUUCCCUCUCAAGAUUGAGAAUUUGCAAUCGGUUGCGAUCCUUCUUGUGUAAAAGGUUGCUUUGCCCGGCAGCCAGUUUGCAUCAAAGUUGAGAUAGCGUUUCUAAAUAUUGAUGCGAGCCAGCUGGUUUGUAAAACUACAGACAGCAAGAUUGUUUGCAGCGUACCACCAUUCAAGGUGAAGGCAGCCAGCAUUGCAGUUUUGUUAGCGGUAGUCUUUAACACUCCUAUUAGCGGCAGGAGGAUGGCGGCCAUAGGUCAGUUACGGCUGAAUCAGCUGGGGGGGCGUUUGGGCGCCUUUCGCUCGGAGAGCCUGCUUUCCAGGAAGUGCCAGCAAGGGUGUUUGCAAGCCUGGCUGGCUCCUGCUCGCCCCACACCCAGAUCAAAACUCUCACUCCGACCACAUAACUCCGCACUGUUUUCGGGCAUAAGCAGCUGGGCCGACCGGCCGCAGUUUCUGCAAGGCACGCGGUUCGCUCCGUCCGCCGCCACCCCUCAGUCUCAGCGGACGCCCCACCACCAGGUCAUCAGGUGCAGCAGCAGCGGAGGGAAUGGUGCGGAGGCGCCUGCGGGGGACAUGCUUGUGAAGGCCCUUUCUACAGCCAACGAGGUGUCGGUUAUCAGUAUGACUGGAACAAGGCUGGUGCAGGAAGCAGCGCAUCGACACAAGACCUCCCCCACCGCCUCUGCGGCGCUUGGGCGGACGCUUAUGGGCACACUGCUCCUUUGCUCCGCAAAAGGUACAAAGGGGGAGACGCUGCAGGUAAUGUUUAGAGGGAAUGGCCCCCUUGGUCAGAUCACAGCGGUCGCGGACGGCACUGGGCAAGUUCGCGGGUUUGUAGGCAACCCCACGGCCAGUCCUCCCUGGAGAAACGGAAAGCUCGAUGUAGGCGGCGCGGUGGGAGAGGGCAUUCUGAGCGUCGUUCGAAACCACCCGACGUGGCCUCAGCCCUAUACGGGCAUAGUAAAAAUCCACAACGGAGAGAUUGCUGAGGACUUGACGUACUACUUAGCAGAGAGCGAACAGAGCAACUCCGCGGUUGGGCUGGGCGUGCUGGUGAAUAACCUGGGGGAGGUGAUGGCGGCCGGGGGCUGGCUACUCGAGGUCCUUCCGUCGUGCUCGGAGAUCACACUGCAAAUUCUGGAACAGAAUUUGAGCAAUCUGCCGUCCGCGUCGACCAUGGUGAAUGACGGCUGGUCCGCGCGGCGCAUUGUGGAAACGAUAUUGGACGGCGUGGGCGUGGGCGACUGGACGGAAGAGGUGCAUCCAAAGUUUGGGCCAUGCGACUUGGAAAUCAUCCGACCGCGAAUGGAACGUGCUUUGAGCAGCUUGGGCAAGAAGGAACUGGACGAGGCCCGAAUGCAAGAAGGGAAGCUGGAAGUGCGGUGCGAGUUCUGCAACGAGUUGGUCAUUUUCGGGGCGGACGAGCUUGAAAGGAUCGGCUCCAGUAUCGAACCAAGUGAAGUAUCUUGAACCUUGGGCUAGCCAGACAUGUCUACAAUGCGUCGAGUUACAUUAUGCACUUGUUUGCAGUUGAAUGUAGGUAGUGGUCAUGAGAACGGCAGCAC